AUGUUGUCAGAAGAGUUGAUUAGCUUCAUCCACCGGAUGGAAGGAGUGAAUCGCCAAAUUUUCUUUGCCAUCUCACUCGUCGCCGCUUUCACGGCAAUUUAUCUAGUUCAACGUCACUCCCAUCCUUCAAUUGGUUCCUAUCGUCACGUGCUCUCAUUUCUCGUCUUCAUCAAUGUCAUCUUCGCCGUCGUCAACUACUUUUCGAAUUUGACCGUGCACGUGACCGGGCAUUGGGUUGUAUUGGCUGGUGUCGAGGGGAUCAAAUCGGAAACUCUUUCUCUUCUCUCAGUUCAUUCGCUCAUUUUUGUCUUCUUCGAGAAUGUCCUUCUCGUGACCGCUCAGAUCUUUCAUCGAUGGCUCAUCAUUUGCAAAAAAGUGAGCACUCGUAAUUCCCUGGCCGUUGCUAUCUGGUUAGGGAUGUUGGCUCACGUUCUCCUUCUCGGUUGGAUGGCUUUAUGGAUGAAAUCUUUGGUCACAACCACUCAAUGCAUUCACAAAUUGAAUGAUAAAGUCUAUGAAAUCAUCCAUCACGAUAAUGAGGGAGUUUUGUUGAAUGAGAAAACUGUCGGAUGCGAUGAUUUUGUGGAGCAUCUAGAGUUGGAACAUGAUCUGGCGCAGGCUUCAUUUCUCGCAAUACGCUUUGAGGAAUUCGAUGUAAUAAGUGAAAGCUGGAGGCCUGCCAAGCAAUUUGUCGUCUUGCUCAGUCUUCUUUGUCUCGGUCUUCUUCUUUCUCUUCUUCUCAUUAUACAUUUCACCAUUUUGAUCCUUCAUCGAGUUCGACGAGAUCUUCGCUAUGUGGAACGUGGUGAUCAUACGCAAAUCGUUCGAGCACUCGUAUUGCAGGCAGCGGUCCCUUGUGCUUUUCUACACGUUCCCUUAUUUGCUUCAGCCACUCUAACAGCGAUCUAUCCAAAAUUUGAGCUUCUAUUUCGAAUUCUCCCCUUCACUACUGCUUGGUUCCCAGCUCUGCAGUCAACAGCUCUCAUUACCAGUGUGGCAUCGUAUAGACGAGCCCUUUAUCGUAUUUGUUUUCGAAAAGACGAGCCUUUAUCUAAAAGACGCCCACUCGUUUCACCCAGUAUAAUCCCAGGAGAUCCAUCUUCUAUUGGAGGUCUUUCAAUUCAAACUCAUAUUCGCCUC